AUGCAAUGGUUUCGUGCAUUUUUAAUCUUUGAUUUUAAAAUGUCUAAAUUUUAUUUAGAAAUAAGAAGAGAUAUUGAAUUCGAUGAUGAAUGGAAAGCCACUUUGGAAGAAAUCAAAUUACAAAUCAAUAUAUAAAAUGUUUUUGAGGAAAAAGUAUUCUAAAUGAGGUCGAACUUUGGAUCAAUUAGAGGCAAAUUUGAUAUUUUUACAAGUAAUAUAAAUUAUAUUCCCAUAUAGAUAGAUUACUAGUAUUAAUUUCUAGCUAAAAAAUUAAGGAAAUAUUCUAAGCUGAACUUCUACUAUAAAUUUACUCUCAUCUUUUUGAAAUUACAUAUUAUUAGAACGUAUUGUUUAACAUUAAUUUAAUAGAUUAAUAUCACUGAACUUGAACUUUAUUAGAAAUUUGAAAUCUAAAAAAUCAUUAACAUUUAUGAAUAAAAAUUAAUCAUAAUGAGUAGUUUUACUUAAUAUAACAUUAAUGAAGAAGAUAAUUCAAAUUCGAAAAUGUAUACAUGUCUAACUGAUGAAAAUGAUGAAUAACAAAGAUUAUAACCUAUAGAUCAUUAUAUUUAAAAACCUUUUAAAGGAUUCAUGAUGUAUGAUUAGAAAAAACGAUACUUUCUAAUGCUGAUAAGAAAAGGAUUUAACAAUGAUUAAAUUUGGAUUGAAGAAAGAGUUAGGAUAGAAAAACUUAUUAUGAAUGGAUUUUAAUAAAAUACUUCUAUAAUUUCUAUUACUACUUAAUUUGCUUCAUAUUUAAUAGAAUAUGAUAGUUAAACAAGUACAUUACUUCAUUUAUAUAAUAGAGUUCUUUUUUAUUUUAUUAUCUAAUUAUAGAAUUCCAGAUUUACCUCAAUUUGAAUUAUUAAAUAUAUUAAAAGUUUUUAUCACAAAUCAAACAGACUUGUAAAAAGUAAAAAAAUAUUAUUUAAUUUAGUAAAUAAAAUAUGAGAUUGAAAAUUAAUGUUUAUGUUCAGUAAGUGAUAUUAUUGAUGCUCAAGAAAGAAUCUACCUAAAGAGAUAUCAUCCAUCAUUUUAUAAAUCUAUUAUAUCUAACAGAAAUAUUUACACAAUGUAAACAAGAAAUCUUUAAUUAAUGGAUAAUGCAAAAAAUUAAAAGAAAAAAUAUUAAUCAGAACUGUCUUUAGAAUCCUGA